AUGGAGGCACCACCUGCAGGCUCGGCUGAGCCCCGGAUCGUCCAGCUCGAAGAAGCCGUCGUCAAUCGCAUCGCCGCUGGAGAAGUGGUGGUGCGGCCUGCAAACGCCCUCAAGGAGCUGAUGGAAAACUCUCUGGACGCGGGGAGCACGCGCAUCGCCAUCUUGGCAAAGGCUGGAGGCCUGAAGAUGCUCCGCAUCGAAGAUGAUGGACAUGGGAUCCGAGCGGAUGACCUGCCGAUCCUCUGCGAGCGGUUCACGACCUCCAAGCUACGGAAGUACGAGGAUCUCAGCAGCAUCGGGACCUUCGGCUUCCGCGGCGAGGCGCUGGCAUCGAUCAGCCACGUGGCCCACGUCACCGUCACCACCAUGACUGGCAGUGACGAGUGCGCGCGCGUGGCCCAGUACAGUGAGAGCAAGAUGCUGGGGCCGGCGCGGCCGUGCGCAGGGACUCGGGGUACGACCAUCGUUGUGGAGGAGAUGUUCUACAACAACCCGACUCGGAAGCAGGCCCUUAGCAAGGAGAGCAUCGAGCAUGCGAAGGUGUUGGAGGUGGUGCAGCGGUACGCGAUCCACUACCCCAAGGUCGGGUUCAGCUGCCGAAAGAACAGCAGCUCUGUCUCCGAGCUGACGACGGUGGGAGGUGCAGAUGUCACGGCCCAGGCGGUCAUCUCAACCAUCUAUGGGCAGAACUUGGCCCGGGAACUCUUCCCGUUCUCGGUGGCGUCGGAGGAUCCGAAGUUCUCCUGCACCGGAUUCGCCUCGAGUCCCAACUACACCUCUCGUUCCCUGACUCUCAUCCUGUUCAUCAACAACCGGCUGGUGGAGUGUACUCCCUUUAAGAGAGCCAUUGAGGCCGUCUACCAGAGUGUGCUCCCUCGCCAUCAGCAUCCUUGGGUGUAUCUAGCACUCCAGGUGGACCCAGCUGCCAUCGAUGUGAAUGUUCACCCGACGAAGAUGGAGGUUCAGUUCCUGCACGAGGAGACGAUCGCCCAGAAGCUGCAAGAGACGCUGCUGGCGCAGCUCCAGAACAUGGGUGGAUCCAGGACCUUCAUCUCCACUCUGCCCUCACCUGGGAAGGGCACGCCCAUCCCCGAAAGGGAGAAGCCGGCACCCCCACCUGCGCGGCCUCCGCCUGCCAGGCCUAGCGCAGGGAUGGAGGCGCGCGCCGAGACGCCGGCGUUGGCCCUCAACCCGACGCGCGUGCGCACGGAUCACCGGCAGAUGUCCUUGCAGUCCAUGUUUCUGGAGUCCCAGUCGCAGGCGCUUCAAGCGACGCAGGCAACCCAAGCAACACAGGCAACCGAGGCAAACCUGGCAAUGCAGAUGGUGGUCGACACUUCACAGACGACUUCGCAUCCUCCGAGCGGUGCUGCGAGCCAGGCGCUGGCCCAGAGCGGGCAGGUUUCUGACGAUCGCCGGGCCGCUUUCGAGGAGGCCCAACAGCUGACUUCCAUUGAGGAAUUGAAGCAGUCUGCAGCAACAGCCGCGGAUGAGGAGCUGUCUGCGCUGCUACACAAGUCCGUGUAUGUCGGGCCCGUGUCUCGUGAGCUCGUGUUGCUUCAGUGCGGCUCAUCUCUCUGCAUGGUGAACUUGGCCAUCCUCGCCCGGGAGUGUGCUUACCAGCGAUUGCUCAGGCUCAUUGGCGGCGUGGGGUGUAUCACCUUGACAGAACCCGUGCCUCUGGCUGAGCUCAUGAAGCUGGGCAUCCAGGAUCCGGAUUCCGGCUACGAUCCCAAGAUCCACGCCUCCGUCGACAUCGACGCAAUGGCCUCUCGCUUUGUUUCCCUGCUCCUAGACAAAGCGGAGCUCCUGAAUGCCUACUUCAUGCUGGAGAUCGAUGUGCCGAGCAAGAGCCUCAAGUCAGUCCCGAAUGCUCUGGGGCUGAAGUCAGACAUGGGCUGCAACUUCGAGACCCUGCCGCUGUUUCUCGUCCGGCUCUGCGCCCAAGUGAACUGGGAAGAGGAGAAGCCCUGCCUCGAUGGCAUCUGCCACCUGACAGCAGACUUCAGCGCGGAGCUGCUGCUACCCAGCGAGGCCGAUGCCGACCUCUACCAGCGAGGCCGAGCUGCCGUGGAGGAGCUCAACGCCGCAGUGCAGUCCGGUGAGUUUGAAGACGUGGUCGCGGCGUCCGCCGCCAAGAAGCCACGCACCACGGAAGAGUUGCAGGGCCUGCGUUGGCUGCACGAGGCCCUUCGGCGGGACGGGGCAUGCCAGUGGCCGCACGAGAUGGCGAAAGACGGGAGCUUCAUCCAGCUGGCAUCCUUGGAUCAGCUGUACAAGAUCUUCGAGCGAUGUUAA